AAUUUUGUUUACUUUUUACUAAAUGUAAACAAACAAACAAUGGAUGCCUGUUUGUUGUGUUUGGAAUUAAAUAAAGAUUUAGUGGAUAUCAUAGAAACAAAUUCCACACAAUGGCAAGAGUUCAAUAUAACAAAAUUGCUGGAGAAACACUUUUGGCCAAUGAACACGAGUGACUGCUCCUGGAUGUGUUUAACCUGCUGGAAGCAAUUGGAGUCUUUUAACAUAUUCUACACACGCAUAGAAGAGGCUCAUACUAAUUUUGGCAGUAUUAAAAUUAAAGAAAGUAAAUGGAAAGAAUCAAAUAAUGAAAGUGAAGAGUUUGAGUAUGACUGUCUGGAGAAGGAAAUGAUAAUAGAUAAGAAUGCUGUCCUAACAGAUAAUAAAACAACAGAUCAAAUCGAAAAUAAUGAUGAUAUAAGUCAACAUGUAGUACAUGUCGAUCCUUUAGUAAAAUCAAAUGCCACAAAUCGCAAAAAUAGAAAAAAACAUAAAAUUUCUGCUAAAAAGUUAAAAAAUUCCAAGGACCUGAAUGAGAAAGCAUCAAAAAUUAACACAGAAACGGAAAAAGAUGCUUGCAACGAUGAUAAUUCUGAUGGAGUAAAUGAUAAUGAUGACGAAGAUAGCGAUUAUGAACCAGACAAGAAUUCCGAGUUAGAAAAUAACGAUAACGAUAACGAUGAACCAGAUAAAAAUUCAUCAGAAAUUAAAGGUAAAAAUAAGAAAAAUGAUCAAUUUAUAGCGGAACACUUUAAACAAAUGUUCUGUGAUCUUUGCGGUAUACCAUUUGAAAACUUUCUCAUCAUGCAGAAACAUUUCGAAACGGAACAUGAUCGAAAAGGUUAUCUGGUGUGUUGUGAUAAAAAAUUCUUUCAACGCUAUCGUUUAGUUGACCAUUUACAAGUACACUUCAAUCCAGAUCAUUUCAAAUGUAAACACUGCGGUAAAGUUCUUUCAAAUUCAGAUAAUUUUCAAAAACAUAUGCUGCGUUUACACCGACCAAAAGGUGUUAAUUUAACACAUUGCUGUGAGAUCUGUGGAAAGUCAUUUAUGAAAGCCUCUUUAUUGCGCUACCAUAAAUUGCAACAUUUGCCCGAAGAGGAAAAGAAGUUUCCCUGUAAACAAUGUGGAAAAUUAUACCCCUCUGCUAACCACCUAAAUAUACAUACCGAGGCAGUACAUUUAAAAAAAUUCGUCAAAAUAUGUUAUAUUUGUGGUAAAUCCAUAGUUACUAGUGCUGAGUACAAAAUACAUAUGGACAAACACGAGGGUAUACCGCCACCGUCAAUAAGUUGUGAUAUCUGUGGUUUGCUAUUGACCAGCGAAAGAGGUUUAAAACGCCACAAAGACAAUCAACAUCCAGUGGGUGGUAAACAAGAUCAUCCCUGUCCCGUUUGCCAUAAAAUAUCACCAACAAGAAAGGCUCUACUCAAACAUGUUAGUACAAUGCAUAAAAAAGGUUACGAUCACAAAUGCAACAUUUGCGAAAAGGCUUUCAAGAGGGCAGAAGCAUUAAGGGAACAUAUGGCUUCACAUACCGGUACACCUUUAUAUACGUGUAGUUGGUGUCCAAAAACCUUUUAUUCAAACGGCAAUAUGCAUGCCCAUCGCAAAAGAGUCCAUCCCAAAGAAUGGGAAGAAGCAAAACUUCAAAAAUAUUCGGGAAAAUUACCGAUAUUGAAUUAAUAAAAAAAACAAAAUUAUGAUUUGAAGAAUUUUAUCUUGAUAAAGAUAUUUUUAAGUGAAUUAUGUUUUUUUUUUAAUUGAUUAUCGGAGAUGGAACUUAUGUUCAGUUAUAAACCGAUUCUGAUUCUAGUUGGUUAUACGAUUUCUAUUAGGGUUCUAUAAAUCGACUUUCGAAUAAUCGAACAAUAGACUUUUUGUCGAAGUCG